CAAUUAACACAAAUAUUAACGAAUUUGGCAAACGAUGUUGUAAGCAUUAUCUAAUAUCUCAAGGAUCAACCGCAGCAUUGAAGGCGGGGUAUUCCAAUAUGGGCUUUAUUAGUGAUUGUUCCUUUGUUCGUGUUUAUUAAAAAUAAUAAUAAACGCGAGCGGUGGUCAGCAUGGUCGAGUUCCGCGUUACUGAUUUACUGACGAAAUUGAAGCCGACGAAAAAAACGCUAUGUGACCUAGAGAAUAGUGCUGUCUUUUACUUCCUAUUGUUGGCACGAAAUGAAUGUUCAGGACUCGUAUAAAAGAACGUCCAGGGCAGGGAUUAACCAUUCGCAGUUCACUGUGCAACCAAAACAAACGUAUCGAAAUGGCAGCUAAGUUCGUCGUUGUUGCUCUCCUGGUGGCGGCCGCUCACGGCAGCGCGAUCCACGGCGCCGACUACACCAGCUUCUCGUACGGCGUGUCCGACCCGCACACCGGCGACGUCAAGAGCCAGCACGAGACCCGCGUCGGCGACAGCGUCCGCGGCCAGUACUCGCUGCUGGAGUCCGACGGCACGAAGCGCACCGUAGACUACGCCGCUGACGCGCACAGCGGCUUCAACGCCGUCGUCCGCAAGGACCCCGCUCUGGUCGCGCACGCCGCCUACGCCGCGCCCGUGGCCCACGCCGCGUACGCCGCGCCCGUCGCCCACGCCGCUCCCGUCGCCUACGCCGCGCCCGUGGCUCACGCUCCCGUCGCGUACGCCGCGCACGCCGCCGCUCCCGUCGCCGUCUCUGCCUACUCCACCUCCCUCGCCCACGGAGCGCCGCUCGCCCACGCCGCGCCCUUCGCCUACGCCGCUCCCCUGGCGCACGGUGCCUACGGGCUCGCCGCUGGACACGGUGCCUACGGUAUCGCCGCUGGACACGGUGCCUACGGAUACGGCGCUGGUCAUGGACUCUAUGGCUCCCACCUCGGAUACGCCGCUUACUAGACAACUGUUAUAAAAUUGUACCUGUAUUAGUUUAUUAGAAUGACCCAGUCAAAUAUGACGUUAUUGCUGUGAUUUAUUAAACCAUUUUGGUAACUCUA